GUAUACAGUAUGCUGGGACUCAGCGCAACGCCAGAACGAAAAGAUGGAUUGACCAAGCUGCUGCACUGGCAUCUUGGAGAAACCGUGGAUCAGGAAAAGCCGGACAGGAGCGGUCAGAAAACCACACAAGUCGAUGUUUAUCGGUUUGAUUCGAACUCGUUGAAAUUGGACGUAAAAGCAUACAGCCGUUGCAUAACACGCCUAGCCGAAUGUGACGAGAGGAAUCUAUAUGUUGUUGCCAUUGUCAAAGCUAUUCUCGCGGCGGACCUUGGCCGAGCCAGAAGAUUGCUCGUUCUUACCGGUCGUGUCACCCAGGCGAAUCACCUUUGGGAAAUGCUGUCGAGGACUUUGGUAAAAGACCUAACCUGCGGCUUAUUGAUCGCCGGAAUGAAUAGUGAGCUCUUUAAGAUUGAAACAUCAAAGGACGUCGUUGUUGGAACCGACUCCUCGACGUUCAGUUACACAAGCGGUGGGCCGUAUCCUGCGCAAGGUCCAUACCGCCAUCCACCCUCUCAUAGCAGACGUUUCUGACUCAGACUUUAGAGGCCAGGAAAAGGCUCGUCUUUCGACGUACAAGACCGAACUCAACGGAAAUACAUGAACAACUCGGUCAUAUCAGGGGCCUCCGUUGUUCUAGCAUACACGACGAUGAAUCCUUUGAUGGAUGACAUAGGGGUGUGUGUUAAGUCACAAGUGAGGAUGCCUGACAGCAGCCGCU